AUGGCGGCACUGAAGCUUCUCCUCUCCCAAGCUCGCCGCCACCAUUUCCUCUUCAAACACCCUUGGCGCUUCCACUCCCCAUUUUCCCUCACCUCUCACAGACCCCUCUCUUCUUCCUCGCCACUACCACAAUAUCAACAAGACUCACCGAACCCACCAACAAGACCCUCCUCAAAGGAGACCCUCCUUCCAAUCCGUUUCAAUCCAUCCCGAACAAGGGAGGACAUUCGGUACGUGAAGGACGCGCCUUCGAUUGAGCCGGAGGAUAAGGUCGGCGAUGAUCCGGGUGUUGUGACCGCGGAAGAGAGGAAUGAGGAAGCGGAGAAAGAGAGGAGGAUGCUUGAGGUUGAGGAUGAGAUAAGGAAGAAGAUGGAGGAGGAGAAGAUGAAGGUGCCUUUUCCGAUGCUGAUCAUGCCCAAGCGCAAUGAGACUCCCCCUGUCCUUGAUUUGAACGAGGCCAUUCGCCAAGUUAAGGUCAGUGCCAAGGCAAAGUUUGAUGAAACUGUUGAAGCACAUGUAAGAUUGGGUAUUGAUUCAAAGCGAACAGAAUUAUUGGCAGUUCGUGGUACUGUGAUUCUGCCUCAUGGUGCUCCAAAGGCUGUCAGUGUGGCUGUUUUUGCAGAAGAGGCAGAUGCAGAAGACGCUAGAAAUGCUGGAGCUGAUAUAGUUGGUGGCAAAGAACUUAUUGAGGAGAUUGCUAGUGGUAAUAAUAAACUUAAAGUUGACAAGUGCUUCUCAACUCCUGGAAUGGCACCUCAUCUUGGAAAGAUAGCACAAUAUCUUAGAAAGCGAAGGCUGAUGCCAGACAAGAAACUAGGUACUCUGACUAGUGAUAUUGCUGGUCAACUGAAAGAACUAAGGCAAGGCCGCGUUGAGUUUAAGAUGGAAAGUAAAUCAAUUUUGCAUAUUGGAUUGGGAAAGGUAAGCUACAAAGAAGAGGCUUUACGAGAGAAUAUGGACGCAUUUAUGAAUGAUGUCUUGCUUGCCAAGCUUGCUGGCUUAAAGACUUCCAAAUAUGCUGGAUAUGUGCUUUCUGUCCAUCUAAGCAGCACGAUGGGGCCAGGAGUACCUGUUUCAAUACAAUCGCUAUCCAAAGCAGCCGAUAAUUACAGGAAAGUGCACGUGGUAUGAGUCAGUGGAUGAGGCGCAGUUAUUAUGGUCUCUCAACGUGACUUGUGAUAAUAUGAGGAGAUGUUAAACAAGAAUUGGAAAGUGCCUUUCAAUUGGGUUUGAAGAGAUGCUAAUGUUGUUACUGACUGGCUGGCCAAGACAGGAGCUAAGAGUGUUUAUAAGUUUAUUCCUAUUUGAUGUGGAUUCGGCCGAGUGAGGAUCUCUUGCAGAUUUUGAUAAAGGAAUUUGCUCCUUAGGUUUCUGUUUUGUUCUUGCUUUGUUGCUUGUUUAGAUUUUCUUAGACACAGAAGAAAAUACCACCAUGGGAUUCCAACCUAGUUAUAACUCAAUCAUAUGUACGCACUUGUACAAAUAUAUAGAAGAGAAAUAUUCGAGGACCAUCAGAAUUUAUUUUUUUGGCUAUCACUUUUAGCCAUCAACCUAAUUCUUUUAGUCUAGUAAUCUAACAACAUAUUUUUAUUUUAUACUUUUAAAUAUUGAUGGUUAACUGUUGAUUAAAAAUAAAUUUUGCUAGU